CCCCCACCGCUCAACAUCCAUCAUGGCGGCGCGCAGGAGGCAACACGUGUCCGUCGCCGCGAGUGCGAUGAACGCGGCCUCGGUCUCGUCUCCCCCGGCUCCCCUGGCUCCCUCGGCUCCCCCGGCUCCCCUGACGACUCCCCGGGCUCUGAGAGGAGACGACGAUGAUGAUGAUGAGGAGGAGGACGAUGAAGGGGACGCCCCCGAGGAGAUUUCCCAAGGAGUGGCUCGCGACCGGGCGAUGCGCAGCCUCAAGGAGGCGGAGGAUUCCAGGAAGAAGGAGAAGGCCGAUGUGAAAGAGAAGAGGCGGCACAAACAUGAACUCUACAAAGAGCAGAAGAAAAGAAAGAUGCUGUCUGAAGAUAUUCUGAAGGCGGUGGACGAGGCAAAAAGCAGGAAGGCUGCAGGUCCCACCAAGGCAAAGCUGAGCGGUCACCACGACAACGAUGACGACGACGAUGACGAGGAGCAGGAGAGCGGGAAGGAGGAGGAGGAGAGCGCCCCGGCGGUGGAGAACAGGAAAAAACCCAAGCGCGGCUCGAGCUGCUACCGAGUGGUGCGCCUGCGGGACGAGGGGCUGGGAGCGCAGAAGCGCGAGGAGGCGCAGAGCUUCCUGCAGCAGCGCCUCUAUGGGCAGGGCCGCCAGCGGGUCUCCGCGAACGAGUUCUUCUCGCUGCGGAACAAGACGGGCGCCUGCAAGAAGCCGGCGUUGCAGUUUGUCAAGGACGGCGGCGCAGGCAUGAAUAAAAAAGAUAGAAAGAAGAGGAAACGGGAGCAGGCGAAGAUGGCGUAAUCGUAUAUUGCGCCUUGCAUUAAACCCAUAGCAAAUGUUUAUAUUGAGACUGGGCUUCAGGAGAGACCGGGUCUCAGGGUCAGAAGUCUCGGUUGAGACUCGGCUCCAGGAGACCGGGUCUCAGGGUUGGAGUCUUGGUUGAGACUCGGCUCCAGGAGACCCGAGUCUCAGGGUCGGAGUCUCGGUUGAGACUCGGCUCCAGGAGACCCGAGUCUCAGGGUCGGAGUCUCGGUUGAGACUCGGCUCCAGGAGACCGGGUCUCAGGGUCGGAGUCUCGGUUGAGACUCGGCUCCAGGAGACCCGAGUCUCAGGGUCGGAGUCUCGGUUGAGACUCGGCUCCAGGAGACCGGGUCUCAGGGUUGGAGUCUUGGUUGAGACUCGGCUCCAGGAGACCGGGUCUCAGGGUCGGAGUCUCGGUUGAGACUCGGCUCCAGGAGACCCGAGUCUCAGGGUCGGAGUCUCGGUUGAGACUCGGCUCCAGGAGACCGGGUCUCAGGGUCGGAGUCUCGGUUGAGACUCGGCUCCAGGAGACCGGGUCUCAGGGUCGGAGUCUCGGUUGAGACUCGGCUCCAGGAAACCAGGUCUCGGGGUUGGAGUUUUGUUUGAGACUCGGCUCCAGGAGACAGGGUCUCAGGGUCAGAGUCUCGGUUGAGACUCGGCUCCAAGAGACCGGGUCUCAGGGUCAGAGUUUUCGAUUGAGACUCGGCUAGGUAAAGUUUGUACAGUCAUUGUUGCUCAUCGUUGUGAUAAAAAUAAAGUAACUUUUCUUAAAACCUGUUGUUUUUUUGGGGGGGGGGGAGUGGGUUACGGAGCCACGCACCGUUAUCCUCUGUAAAAGCGUAACGCGCUUGAAUCGACAGUUGAGGUGGUUCCGAGUCGAUUGUGGGCUGCUCCAGAUGCCAGUCGUAAAACCCAGAGCGCCUCAACGGGCACAGAAGCUGCGGAUCGAUUCCUUGAAGCCGCCACCGACUUACGCAGAGGAGCCGUGCACGGCACAGCGAGCGGCGAGGACACUCACCCCCACUGCGAAUAUUUGGCAGCUGCUACAAAUGUGAUGAUAUUAAGCCACUUUGUGAGCUCUCGUCUGCGAUAGCCAGGUCGCAUCUGACAGAGCUACGUCGCUUUGGGGGGGAGGGGGGGCACAGCGUUAAAACCCAAAGAUUUACGGGAAAGCGGUGGCGCCCAAAACGAUUUGAACGAGCUUUAAAAAUGACGAGUAAAAAAAAAUAACUCGGGCCCGUUUUCAAAGAGAUGUAAUUUUAUGUAUUAAUAUUACAGCAUUACACCAUGUAAUUACAUUUAAACCACUAUAUAAAGUCAUCAUCGGGCCGCGUGGAAUAUGAGAAAUGUAUUCAAACUGGGAGCGUAACAGCCGAAGGACGACAACCGAGGAGGCGCGCGUUGAACUACGGAUCGAUUUCCUCGGCAACAACGGAGUUGGAUGCAACAGCAAUAACAACAGGCUAAAUAAUUUACCUACGUGAGCACCGUCCGUUAGCGCAACACACCGCAUUGAGCCCGCAAACAUGAUUACUUUGAGAGACUUAUGCGUAUGAGAACAUGGGGGUGUGUGGUGGGGGGGCAGGCAUAAGGAGUGGCAUCUUCCUAAACGAAACGCUUAACAAGAACGGCGACUCUUAAUAUGCCGGGAGUAAAUAGGUGAAUAGUUUACUUCUGCAGAUAUUUCUUUUAAAAUCUUUAUCCUGUUCCGAUAAUAAAGACACUGUUUAACGUA